CAUUCGCGCGGCGGCGUCGCCCCUUGACGGGUGUCAUGUGCUGGUCUUUUUUCUGACAUCCGAAAAGUUAGGGAAACUUGGCAGUGGCGACCUUUGAAGACAAAAAAACUUUUGUCUCUCAAACAAAUGAUGCUGGUGCGGUGUUAAGUGAUUCAUUAAUGUGUUUGUGUUGUGCGUAUUUUUUGCGAUAGCUAUUCACCGUUUCAAUUGAACGUUACUGUUUCGUUCGGCAAAAGCGCGUAGCACAGCGACGCACGAGAGGGCCGUGUAUGGUUUAUUCCUUGGGCUGCGUCCAUCGGUGAAAGUAGAAGACCUUUGUUGAGUUCAAAAGGACGCAGGCCGCUUGCAACUAGCUCGAAACAAGUCGUUUCGCGUGCAGUUGUGAGGUGAGGUCGCGCGAGGUCGCCGGUCGCCAUGGCAACCGGGUUCCAAACACAUCCCUGAAACCAACGGGGCGGGCGGAUGUCGGGCGGCGGCGCGGGGCUGAUGUCCUGCGUGCGCGAGGGCUCGCUGGAGCCGCCCUACCGGCCGCCGCAGCACACCUCAAAUGGCGAAGGGCGCACUGGUCGGUUCCUGCGGGGGCUGCGGCGCAUGUUCCGGCGGCGCAGCGCCGCGCGGACACCGCACCCGGACCCCGAUCCCAAGAGCAGCUCCACUAGCGAAUUGCUUGAUGCUGAGAAGCACGCGCGCAGGAAAGAGGGCGCUUACGGCAGUGGGCUGUCGGUGUCCCACGACUCGGUGUUCACAGGGGAAAGGUCCGGUGAUGAAUCGGGUGAUGAACGACCUGGGGCCCUCGGGAUAGCGCAGGUUGCCGCCUCGCACAGGGCUGAACUGGUAGCUGCAGUGCGGAGACGCGGACGUGGGGAGUACAGUGAUGAUGAGGAGGACCUGGGCCUACCUCGCAGUCCUCCAGCCAGUCCACCCACCGACAAGGCUGACAAGCGGCACCAUGCGGGUAUCUCACAGUCAUCAUGCAGCGAUGGUUCGCUGCUCAGCGUCGGUUCCUCCGAGAUGGAUGAGGAUAGCAGCAGUGGACAUCACCAUUCGCAUGACCACUCCUCGCGCAGUGAUCACUCAGACCUCUACAAUGUGUCAGAGCCGCCGCCGGGUGUGGCGCCACUGUCGCACUCCGCCGCCAGACACAAGAUGGCGGUGCGCCCGCGCCGCACGCAUGGCGCACCACGGAGGAAGAAGACAAAUCCGAUCGCCGCAUCCGCGCUGCCGAUAACUCCCGAACUGAACGAAGAAAUGACACGAAGCACUACUCCUGACGCUGCUCAACACGCACCAGGAGUUGUUACUGAAUCAUUUUCUUCAUCGACUACGACGCGACAUCAAAUGAUCGUUAAGGAACAUCAGCAAAUGAAUCGCGAAAUACAAAGAGUUGUAGAGCAACCGAAUGAUGCGAAGCUUAAAUCCUCUUCCCUUCCACCCGGGCUCGCUCUCGGACAGGGGACAUCCUCCCCUGCCAAACUCAGUAUCGCCGAUUCAAAUACACCCAGGUCUUCCAUCAAGAGGAGCAAAUCCAGCACUCAAGAACAACCCUUAAGAGACACGUCGAAACCUCACGGAGGCUCUCCAAUACAGACGUACACAGAGGAUCGCUCGAAGUACCGUAUAGAUAAAAAAUACGCCGAAGAAACUUGCCACGAAAAGAAAUCGAAAUCUGAAAAGAAAAUAGAAAACGAAGUGAUAAAAUGUAAAAAAGAAGAAUCGUUCUUCAGCAGACUGUUACUAAGAAAGAGCGGGAAGAAAUCAAAGAAAGACCAGACGGAUGGAGAAAGUCAAGAAGUGAAGAAAUCGAAAACGGAGAAAGCAAGAAGUUCAAACUCGGAACUUGAACGUAACGAUUACCCUGAGAUACAAGUUUACAAACCUGUGCCUAUGGAGAGAUCUUAUAAAUCCGCUGGACAAAAAGUCUUCGCUAACCAACAACACAAACGUAUGGACAAACAGGGCGCCUAUGUACAAGAUGGAUACAAAGACGCCUACAGUGCUGCCAAAGUUUCCGGAGUCGAGUACAAUAUAACUGAUCUCAAAAUCGCGGAGGAAACCGACACUAUGCUGAACCUCGAAAUGAAGAGUCGCUUUAGUAGACGAGAAGAUUUCACCGAAAAAGUAGAAAGAAAACGCUCGACUUCAAGAGAAGCUAUCGACGAUAAACGGGAGUCCUUUAAUCUAAACCAUGACAAAACUAAAAGACCGGCGUCAGUCCAACGUCUAAUGGAUCCAUUCUCUUCCAAAGCUUUCAUUAAUAAUGAAAUAAACCAUUCCCAAGAAGAAGCAUUGUCCCCAUCGCUAGAAAUAUCUGAUGAAGAGCCUCCCCUAAGAGCGAUGCGGAUCAAAAAUAACCCCGACUACACAUUCCAUAGUGGAAGCAUGCCUAAAAAUUUACCCUACUUCAAUCCGAGCAUCGUAAUAUCUCAGCCGCAAUCAAAAAUAAGCCAGUCGUCUGAGAAUGUUAAAAAAACAACACGAUCUUCAGAAAAUGUCGAAUAUCGAGAGAAAAUUGAAACACGUGAAGUACAAUUUCCUACAAAAACUGAGGAAUCCUACGUUACCUCUGGUAUAAGAUCUUUGGGAGAUGAAUACGAGACUAGGAGCAGUAUUGGAAAGUCGCAUAGUUUCCGUUACGCGUCAGAAUCGACUUCUAUUAGUUCACAAGAAAACCAAAUGCCGAGUCUCCCCGCGAUUGUUGGUAUAUCCGAACCAUUGCUGGAGAGUUGGGAAGUGAACUACAGAAGAAAUGUCGACAGACACGAUUACUCAAAAAGAGUAUCCGCGAGAAACUAUAAUAUCGUCCAAUCUAACUCUGAAACAAACUACGAUAGCUUGCAAAGUACUGACAGUAGCUAUCUAGAUAGUCUUAAAGCUGAAGAUGAUAGAAAACUAUUCACAAACAGUAUUCAUAUAACUCUCGACACACAUAAACGUGAUAGUGAUAUAUCCCAAAUUGAAGCUAAAAUUGACGAUAUAAUUAGUUCACCUAAACCUUUAAUAUCACCCACAAUCCUAAAGUCUAAUUCCUUAGACAGUGUUAAAAGCAGUCCGGAAAAAAUAGUUGAUGACAGAAGAAAAACUAUAUCAGUUGAAAGUGCUUUGAGUCAGACUGAAAAAAUUGCACAAAUAGAAACCAAAUACGAUUCAGAUAAUUUUAUAUCUGUGACUCACGUCAAUAGAGAAUUAACUCCGGUGGCGGUUAAAAAUAUGGAAACGAAAAUAAAUAAAAGCGACGAAAAAUUACAAAAGCCAACAAAAUCGGGUGUCCCGGAAUUCCUUAAUAUUCAAUUAAAUAAAGUCGACGCAAAACCUGUAACAAAUGUUGUUUUAACAGCCAAUGUGACGCCAAAGAAAGAAAUACCACAACAAGAUAAAGAACAAGAUAUAGAAACAUUUCCAGUAACAGAAACAAAAGUGCUAAGUUCUAUUGAAAAAGAACCGAUCAAAAUUGAAAAUAUAGAAAAUAGUCAGGUAGUGGAUAAAAUUGCAAAGACUUCUAUUCAAACAACUCAAAUAUCAGGCAGUCCUUCUACGCCACGAAACUUUUUCAAAAGGAAAGCAACAAGCGUUGACAAUCAAGACAGACCAGAAAAAACUAGAACAAACUCGCUUAGCACAGAAGGGAGUACUGAAAAAAUCUAUGACAAUAUAUCUAUUGAUCAAAAAUCACAUUCUAGUUUCGGAAGCAAAAGUUCUAUCCAAAGUUUCGACAGUAACGAAAAUAAAAUCGACAGACAAGAAGAAACAGUUGUAUACAGAAAGAAACCAAUAAUAGGCAAAGAGACACGAGAUAGAAAGAACGACGAUGAACCUGAACUGAUGAAAGUGUUCGCGAGACGGUCUCUAAAAAUCAAAGAUACCGAAGCGGAUUCUAUAGCUCAAGAGAUAACAGACACCAAAGACAAAAAAGAUGACAAUACAAAAUCUAAAAUCCUUAAAAAUGAAUUUAACGCAUCCAUAAAAUCUAGAGAUAGUGACAAAGAGAACGACGGAAAAGACCAAACUGAGAAUAAGCUAGUAGACAUCGCGGCUAGAGUCAGUCAGUUUGGUCAUUAUCAAAGAAGUGUUAGUAUACACAGUGUAUCUAACGUCAAACGAGAAAGCGCACCCGUUUAUAGAAACGAGAUAAACAAAUACAAGAAAGAGGUAUCAGAUUCUACUCCAGAAAAGAGACUUAGGAAUAGAACUUUCCCUGAUCCUUCAAACGACAGAGACAUGGUAAAGAAUGAAGUAAUGGCUUACAAAGCGGAUACUUUAACCAAGCGUCCUUGGCAGAGGAAAGACGAGUUCAGAUUGUCGGUGGAGAAAGAGAGAAGAGAGAGUUCUGUGAUAGAAGGAGAGAGUGGGAAGGAGAAAGUGGAGAGUGAUAAAGACAAAGUGAACACGGGAGAGGCGGACGCGUCGCCGCAGUUCAAGGGUAUAUUGCAAAUGAGAGCGGAAUGGGAGAGACGAGCUAAACAAGGGAUGACCAAAUAAUUAAAGGUGCUAAGAAAGGAAUCCAGGGAAAUCGGCAUAUAAUUAGGUUAAGAUUUAGUGACAUAGAUGAAUUUAGUUUAAACAAUGCAGUUAAAUGGAAGUUACAUUUAAAUAUAAAGAUAUACGUUACGUUAAGAGCCAAUGUAUUUUUGUGUGUUGUUGCAAAUUAUAGCAUAGUUAUAUUUUAUU